AUGGCACAAAAACUCGCCGUCAACGAGUCGACCAGCUUCUCCACCCAACCGGCAACUCAAACACAACUCACAACUGCCCUCGUCGACCACGGUUCCAUAGCCACAAUUCAGACUGCCAUCCUCCACGAACUACAGGCUUCAGGAUGGGCAACCAAUCUCAAGAACCACGUCACCCAGCUCAUGCGCUCUGGUGAAUGCACAAAGUACGACGACUUGAUGGAUCGCAUUCUCGAAGAAGCCUUGGCAGAUCCGAGUGCUGCAAAAGACUCGAAUCACCCUUCAUUGGCAAUUCCCGACCAAGCUAUCACUCAGGCCGUCAAGGUUGUCAAGAAGGAAUUGGACAAGAUCUGUCAAGUCGACACUGCUUGA